CCACUUGCUCCCGUUCCAAUUCUUGAGCGCGGUUCGAAUGGUUAGGUACGCUUGUGUUGUAAUUAGGCGAUUUGGUGGCACAUUGUUUUGACAAAUAUUAACACCGUGCGUCUCUUUCGGGAUAAGUAUUGACGCGUUUCGGACUUGGAUUAAUUGGCGGAUUUCUGUCUGUCUGUGCAUACCAUCAAGCGAAAAGCACCUGCAGAUGCCACGGGUAGAGAAAGUGUAAUUUGUUCCUCACACACACGAGAGUUGCAUUACGUCGACGGUCGUCUUGUCGGUUUGUUGCAGGGGAAUAGACUGAGAGAAUGUUCAAGUUUUUCAAAAAGCACCCCCCAAAAGAAGGCGAGGACCGGGGCAAGCUAAAGAAGGAGCUGUUUGGUUACAAAAGGUGUGUCGAUCAUGGAUUCCCCAGCAAGCCCAGUGCAUUGGCUCACGACCCCAAGCUGAAUCUGUUGGCGUUUGGAACGAAGUCUGGAGUUGUUAAAGUUGUAGGAGCACCUGGCGUCCAACUGUCGAACCAGCACAUACAAGAUGUUUCGGUGGUGCAGCUAUUCUUUCUGUCAGAACAGGGCCGCCUCAUCAGCUUGUGUAGUGACAAUACUCUCCACCUGUGGGAAAUCAACGUCAGGAACGGUAACUCUGUCCUGGAGGAGGUUAAGGAGUUCUCCAUGGAAAACAACAAGACGAAGACUAUUUCCACGUGCUGUCUGUCGCUGACGGAGGAGUACCUGUUCCUGGGUACAGAGGGGGGUAACAUCCACAUCAUGAACGUCUCCACCUUCAAACUGGAGGAGCAGGUCAUAUACCAGGAUGUCGUCAUGCAGAAUGUUCCUGAUGACUUCAAGGUGAAUCCAGGAGCAGUAGAAGCUAUUGCUGUCCACCCUACCAACCCAGACAAGUUUCUGAUCGGAUACAAUAGAGGCUUGGUUGUUCUGUGGGACAAUAAAGAAAGCAAUGCUGACCAGACUUACAAUGCUACACAGCAGCUGGAGUGUCUGUCGUGGAACCGCAGUGGAGAGUCAUUCAUGAGUGCCCACGCUGAUGGCAGCUACAUCGUCUGGAGUUCUACCGACUCCACAGCACCCAAAGAGCCCUCCACCACACCUUAUGGUCCCUUCCCAUGCAAGGCAAUCAACAAGCUGGUGUGGAACACGGCCAAAUCGGAUCCGUAUAUAAUAUUUUCGGGUGGGAUGCCUCGAGCGAGUUACGGCGACCGCCACACGAUCAGUGUGAUGCAGGGAGAAAACCAUGUCGUGUUCGACUUCACAUCACGCAUCGUUGAUUUCGUCACCAUCACACGAGCACAGGAAACUGACCAGACAGAGGGACGAGCAGAGUACGAUGAGCCUCACACACUGAUCGCGUUGAUGGAGGAGGAGCUGGUGGUGGUGGACCUCGACACCAACAACUGGCCAGUGAUCCGCCUGCCCUACCUCAACAGCAUCCACUCCUCCGCCAUCACAUGCUCGCAGCACAUCAGCAACGUCCCCGACCAGCUGUGGCAGAAAAUCAGCGAUGCCGGCGAGAGUCAGAACAAGGACUACUCACCACGGGAAUGGCCAAUAAAUGGUGGCAAACGUUUGUCCAAAGAUCCAGUCAGCAGGGAUUUAUUACUUACAGGCCAUGAGGACGGUUCAAUCCGGUUCUGGGAUGCGUCUGGAGUGGACCUCCGGUUGUUGUACCGCUUGGCCACCUGUAGGCUGUUUGGAGUUCCCUCUCAGACGGAGGCGAAUUCGGGAGAGGAAGAUGAGUGGCCUCCCUUUAGACAGGUUGGUACUUUUGACCCGUACAGCGACGACCCUAGACUGGGGAUACAGAAGAUCAGCUUGUGUCCGCUGAGCGAGGUUCUGGUGAUCGCGGGAACCGCCGGUCAGGUGAUCAUCUUCCAGAUGGAGCGAGAAGAACGGGAGCAGGAGGUGAAGGCUGUCACCGUGAACAUCGUCAGUGACCGCGACAGCUUCGUGUGGAAGGGACACGAGGCGUUACCACCAAGGACAGGUGACAUCAAGUUCGCAGCUGGUUACCAGGCAACCUGCAUGAUGCAGCUCUACCCACCAGCCGCAUGCACAGCCAUGACAGUUCAUUCAGAGUGGCAGCUGGUUGCUGCUGGGACAGCUCAUGGGUUUGGUCUGUUUGACUAUGUACAGAAGAAAGAAGUAGCAACUAGGUGCACAUUGAAUGCUACAGAUUUGUCUGGCACAUCAGAAACACCAAUGUCCCGCCGGAAAUCUUUAAAGAAAUCUCUACGAGAAUCCUUCCGACGUUUGAGACGAAGACGGUCACACAUAAAACAGAGAGAUGAGAAAACAAAGGAGAAAAGUGAAACGCAGCACAUAGAACAGAGAGUUGGAGAAGGAGCUACAGCGGAGGCUGGUGGUGCAGCCAUUGAAUCGAGACCCGUGGAGCGGGCCGUGGAAGCGCGCAGUGCCGACGAUUCCAUGGCCUCAAUGGUGCGCUGUCUGUACUUCGCAGACACUUUCAUCGUUCAAGGUGCUUCACACAACCCAUCAUUGUGGGCGGGUACAAACGGAGGCCAUGUGUAUAUUUACAACCUGACCGUGCCAUCUGAUAACCGGUCCACGCAGGAGGUGACGUGCACACUAGCCAAAGAGAUCAAGCUGAAGCACCGAGCCCCUGUCAUCAGUCUGGCCAUCACAGACGGCCGGGCCAGGGUUCUGCCAGAUGCGCUGGAAGUGCAGCACGAGCGGGCAAAGGCUCCCGACAUGAGCGGACCACAUCAUGUGAUAAUCAUUUCUGAAGAACAGCUUAAGUCAUUCACUCUACCCAGCUUGAAACCAAGAUGGAAGUUCAAACUGACUGCUCUUGAUGGCUCCCGAAUCCGCAAAGUUGCCUUUGUCAAUUUUAGAAGUAAAAGUGCUGACAACUACAGUGAAUUUGACAUUGCUUGUCUAAGUAACCUGGGAGAUCUUAGUGUGUAUGCAGUUACCUCCCUUAGGCAGCAAAUGGUCGUUUCAGCAAUACGCAAAGACGACAUCAAUGGUAUUUCGUCGUUCGUAUUCACUAAAGAUGGGCAAGGCUUUUACCUCCACUCGCCGUCUGAGAUUUCACGAGUGUCGCUGAGUCCUCGUCACAUAAUCACACCGGUGUGUGUGCUUGAACUGAAGGAUGGGAUGAGGCCACAGGAACCAGAGAGAAUCGAUGAAAUCACAGAACACAAUGAAAGUACAGAUGUACGUUAUGGAACACUGGACAUCACGCAAGGUUUGUCGGACAGCCAGCUGAACGAUUCCCGGGCAGACACAACAGGGGAUAUUACAGUGGACAGCGUCAUAGUUACGGUGACAGAAACUCCACAGACCACGGUAACCACAACCAACGUGACAAUAUCUGUUGAGUCUCCAUCCACGCCCGAGACCUCACCACAGUCCGAAACACCUGAGGUUACAGCAGCUUCCAAGAGCAAUGUUGAUGAUGAUACUAAGGCAACAACAGUUUGUAAAACUGCCGAGAAGCCUGAAGUUGUAAACCGUCCAGAAGAUGAAGUUAUUGACAAGCUGGCCGAACUCCAGAUGGACGUGGACCCGGAUGAUCCAGCUGUGUUGAAGCAGCAGCUAGCACAACAGCAGCACCAGCAAACCGUGGUGGCCACUGUUAAUGGGGAAGCUUGAUGGGGGUUGCCUAGCAACCGUUGUACAGUAUUGGGGCACAAAUAGUUUGGUAGAGGUUACUGCUGGUACUGGACAUAGCUGAAUAACAGGAAUUGGCGGGGGUGGGGAAGGUUGGGGAUGGGGAAACAAAAAAAUUGGUUUAUCUGAUGCUCAAAGUCUAUACCCUGUGACUGUGGACUGUAAUGCAUUGUUGGUAAAUUGGGACGACAUUUUAAUGCAGGAAAGAACAUCUAUUUGUGAAAAAAAUUUGUUUGGAGAUAUCGGCUUUUUUUGUUUCUUCCCAGGAAUGUGUUUUCGAAAAAAGAAACAUAUCUGAACAUCGCACAUGUUUGAUAGGUUGUCCAGUGAAGUCAUCUUGACAUUACAUUCAGCUAGAUUGUGUAGUAAAGUUGUGCAUUUUCCCCAUGUGUAGUGCAAUUUUUGUAGCAUCAUUCUAGAGAAUGGAAUCAUGUUUGAUUUUAAGGAUUUACAGGAAGGGUGUUUGAUUUUAGAUAGUCAUUUCAUGUUGGCAUUUAGUCAUUUUGUUUUAGUUCAUCAUGUGUUUUUAAUCAUAUUUGCAGCAUGUUGGUUUCACCAGCCAAUGUUUGCCUGAGUGUAUAAAACCAUCUUUUGAUUUUAUUUUCAGUCCAAAUGAGAAUUAAUUUUCCCAGUUCUGAGAUAAGUUUUGAUUAAAACUUUUGGUUAUCAGUUUUAUAGAAUGUGCAAUAAAAAUAGUUGAAUAUUUCUAGUAGUAGUAUUCUUUCAACUGUAGAAGCAAAAUGCAAUCCUUAUUUUCUGCUAGUAUUAUGUCUGCAAUGCAUCUCUCCAGUUUCACUUUUAAACAUUGUUACUGGAUUUAACAAAUUAAGUUUUUUCCUUGUACAUUUAUGUAAUAAUCACAUUUAUCAAAAUGUUGAUUAUUAAACCUAUUUUAUAACUAUUUUAAAGGAACUGUUAUUUUUAUCAGUUAUAUAUAACUAUUAAUAAUUAUCUUGUAAUACAGAUGUAAACUAUCAUAUACAUGUUUUUAAUCCAAUAUUGAAUUAACUUUUCCAUAAGUUGAUUUUGUGUACACAAAUUUAUUGGUCACCAUUAAUUAACCAUCCGGUUUUAUGCACUCGGAAUCAUGUUGGUUUUUUAUUUGUACAUGUGUAAAGAACCAUUUUAUAUGUUAUACGCAAAACCAGACUAAAAUGAAUAAUGUGUCCAAAAGAUGAGUUUUACAUGAUCAUUUUGUUGAAGGAAGGACCACUUGUUUUAGUAUUAAAUGAUGUGUUCAAAAGCUUAUUUAGAAUCUAAUUUUAGGCUAUAAACAAUUGCAUUUUUCAUUACAUCAUUUUCCACUUUACACUGCCAUUGGCCUGGUGCCAGCUUAGUUUCUUUAUAUUUUAAAGUUUUUAAAUAUAAAAUAUUAGAAUCUGUUAUGAUAUAUACUUCUCUUUUUUUUAAGUGUCUUCUAACAAUUUUGGCAUUUAAUUUUUCAUAAAUGGAAGAAAUUUAAUAUUUUAAUUUCUCACAAAUGGAAUAGGCCUAAAUUCAAUGUGCUAAUUUUUCAUAAAUAGGAUAAAUUCAGUGUACACAAUGUAUAUUAUUUCUCUUAGUGGGAUAAAUUUUAUGUAUUAAAUUUGUCUUGAUGAAACAAGUACAAUGUCGUGCUGAGAUGUGUUAAUGAAAUCCAGUGCUCAAAAUGUUGUUUACUUCUCGUGGCCUUAUAAAAACGCUUACAGUACAAGCUGUUUUUUGUGUUCAUUGUGUGAUUACCAUAAUAGACAAGCAGCUUCGUUCUGUAGAGUCUGUGGUGUUAAUAAUUGUUAUGUGGGGGUUGUCGUAUACACUUUAAAGACUGUUAAAAAUUUUAACAUUCUGUUGAAUUCCCCUGUGACCUGUCACCAUGUACUGCUUGCAUCACAUCACUUUUGUAAAACACUGUUUUUAUUAUUAUAUGAAGAAAUUGCAAUAAAUUUUUAUGUGUAUAUUAUUCUAAA